UUUUAGAAUGCAAAAAAUCAAAGGAGGUUCUCUAAAAAAAAGAUAUUUUCUUUGCGGUAAACAAUGCUUCUGAGGAGCUCCUCGACACCGACUGCGAAUUCAUGGCUUUCCCUAUACAGAGAAUCCUCUCCAGAGCCAGAGUUUCAGCUUUUACAGAGAACUAGGUCUUGGUCCAAAUCAGACGUCAGUCUACAAAAAGACCCACCAAAACCCAAGAAGACGAAACCAACAAUUCCCUCUCGCAGACCCAUUAAACCAUUAGAGAAAACAAAUGAUCAUGAAAUUGAAGUCAAACCCAUUUCAGAAGUUGCAAUUUUGUUGACAAAUACUUGGUUGGGAGAGGGGGUGGAUGAUGGUGAGAAGAAGAAAGAGAAGGUAUUGCAGCCUCUUACAACGGGAGGUGGUUUAGGGAGUGGUGGCGGUGGUGGUGGAAUUGGUGGAGGCGGUGGAUUUGAUAGUGGUGGUUGUGGUGAUGAAGGGGGGUCAGGGUUUUCUGGGAGUGAUGGUACUGAGGCUUAUUAUCAGAGGAUGAUUGAAGCUGACCCUGGAAACCCACUUCUGCUUGGAAACUAUGCUAAGUUCUUGAAGGAGGUUCGAGGACAUUUUGCCAAGGCAGAGGAGUAUUGUGGCAGAGCAAUCUUGGCUAAUCCAAGUGAUGGAAAUAUGAUGUCUAUGUACGCUGAUUUAAUAUGGAAAACUGAAAAGGAUUCUGUUCGAGCUGAGAGUUACCAUACUCAAGCUGUUAAAACUGCCCCUGAUGACUGUUAUGUCCUAGCUUCAUAUGCCAGCUUCCUUUGGGAAGCCGAAGAAGAAGAAGAUGGAGACAAGAAGAGUCAACAAGAGAGUGACUACACCCAUAACUCCCAACCUAGUUUCUUCCAUGGAUCUUCUCACCGUCCUCCUUUGGCUGCUGCUUCUUAGGCUCUAGUCAAAUGAAUUAGCAUCUAACAUAUUAGCUGCUCAUGAGUCAUGACCUUGUACAAUUAGCAUAGUUACAAAUAAACCCUGAAAUUUUGGCCUUGUAACAUAUGGGUAAGUCUCCCUAAUGCCAAGCUUCUGUAAUGAAUUAGCUACAAUAAGAAAAGAAGGGGGCAAACUAAUAUAACUUCUAUUAAUGAAUUCGCCCCUGCCAUGUCUGUCUGUAUGUGUUUUACUCUAGAGAAGCAUGUUUUUGGGUCCU